ACUCUCUUCCUUUAUUGGGUCGUUCUGCUUGAGAACGACUCAGAACAUUCAAGAAAGAAUAGAGAGAGAGAGAGAGAGAGAGAGAGAGAGAGCCCCUGCUCACCCUAAUAGCUCAUGGCCACUAUCGCCCAUCGAAGAUCUAAAAAAAUUGUACUCUGAAAGACCUUAUUCACACACAAUCACACUUUGAUCGAAUCUCCCCUUUCUGUUCUUUUAUCUUUUCUCUCUCCGAAUUGAGUUAUUCUUCUCAUUUUCCUUAUGCGAAGCCUGAGUUGUGCCCACCAUUAUUAUAAAAGACACCCACAAAUCUUUCUAUCUCUUUUUUCUUUUUUUUGGAACUGCUAGUUUUAAAUGAGUGGUUUUUAAUAUAUGGCUUAAAUUUGUGAUUAUUUGGGCCUGGAACGUUGAAAUUAGGGGUUUUUUUUUUUUUGUUCUGAGUGAGCUUUCUGCUUGACACUUUUGGUGGUUAGUUUUUAUAGGGUUUGAUCAGAUCGUCAGUGGGAGAAACCCUAAUUCUGAUUUUUUUUACAUUAUUAGGGUUACAAGCAGUGAUUAGUGUUUGUGUAUAUCUUGGGAACUGGAUUGUACAGCUAAGUUGCAAUUGUUCUUUGAAGUGGGACUGGUGGGUUCAGUGGCUUUUAUUCUGGGUUCGAACAUUGAAUCUGCAAGAUUGGGUACUGGGAACUUUUUCUAAACAAGAACCAAGAGUUGCUUUAAGAUAUAUAUGCUUGAUGCUUUUGUGGAACGGAUAAUUCGUCUCUAUUUGAAGGUUGUGGUGUGUGUUGCAUUUGCUGCAUAUAGGUCAUCAAUCUUUAGUUAGGAAAUGCUCGUGAUACUGGUUUUGCUGCUGAGCGGGUAAUCAUUCUCUAUUGGUCUAGUGCGAAAGACAGGCCGAUUGCCUGGGAAUUGCUAAAUCUGUCGAGAAACCGUCCGGGUGAACAUAUAUUGAUUGGACAUGUUCAUCUGUCUAGAUACGCUCGAGCUGAUCAGUGUUAUUACAGCGGAUCUUGAGCUUUGGAGCCUUGUGCGACCCUUUCCUACGUCUCGGGGUUUGAUUAUUUGUGGAGUCAGAGAAAUUCUGUUGGUGUAGUGUAGGUUUUGGAUAUUGGAUAUCGGGAAUUCUGAUCAGUUGUGGUGAGUUUAAAUGGUCAUGGAAUGAUUUUUUUGAGCUGGAAAUGAGUACAAGGUCAUGGUGCAUGGACAGGAGCAUAAUUUCUGGUUCUUUCCUUUGUCGGAACAACAGCUCCGAAAACUAGGAGAAGCUUUUUCGCUGGCGGAAGGGUCCCCCCCACCUUCUCAUUUCAAGGAUCACGUGCAAUGUCUCGCUGCUUUCCAUUUCCACCUCCAGGAUAUGAAAAGAGGGCUAGAAUUGAUGAUACGGACCUACUAACAAAGGAGAAGCGAGAGGAGAAAAAACACAAAAAGGAUAAGGACAGUGUAAAGAGGGAAGGUAAAAAGGAGAAAGAGAGAAGUAAGGAAAAACAUAGCAACAAGAAAGACCGAAAGGAAAAACACAGAGACAAGGAGAGGGGUUGUGAAAAAGAAAAAUACCGAACCUUGGAUGAGAAGAGCAUUGCAGGGCAGCCAAAGUGCUAUAUAGGAGAGAAGCUUGUUCACAAUCUGCAGAAUGUUGAGAUUAAGGAUUCUAAAUACGUUCAGGAGUUGGCCAGGAGAAUCAGGGAUGAAGAAAAGGCAACUGAAAGCCAAGCAGUUCAGAAGAUUACGGUAGCAGGUCAAAGGAAAUCUGGAUUUCCUGAUAGGGUGGUGGAGAGCAAUAUUGCCUUUCAACCGGAAGAAAAAGAGAAAACUGAGGAUGAGAAAGAAAAUGGUAGGAAGGCCAAUGGACAAAGAAACUAUGUUGAUACAAGAAGUUUGGAGAAUGGGAUUGGUGGAAAGUGCUAUGUUAUGGAUGACAAAAGAAAUGAAGGAAUUGUUAAGCCAAUGGAGAAGGAUGCUGAGAAGCCAAAGAAAAGGAAAGAGAAGAACAAACACAGGGAAAGUGAUGGUAAGGGUGAUAAACCCCAGGAUAAAGAUCAAGAAAAUAAAAGCAAAUCAAAGGAUAAAGACAGAGCUAAAGAAAAGAAAGAGGAGAAAGUGAAGGAGAUAAAUGAACACAGUAAACAGCAGCCUAAAUUAAACAAAAGCGGCAAGGAGUCCCUUAAUACUUGCAAUGCUAAGCAAUUAGAAUUUUCAGGAAUGAACGGCAACAGUUCUUUUAGUGAGGGAAAUUUUGGAAAACGUAAGGAGCUUGACAAAAAUGGACUUACACUUGACAAUGGAAUUCGGCCUCAUAAGUUGCCGAGACCUGUCUGCUUCUCUCAUACUGUCAUGGAAAAUGGAAGAAAAUUGGAAGCAUGCCAAACUGCCAGUCGGGUAACAUGUGGGAAGCAGGUCAUUGCCAAUAAUUUUCUACUGGACAUCAAGGAGCACAGGGCUAAUGGUUUGGUAGGUCUGCAAAGACCAAAUGCACUUUCAACGAUGACUUCCUCCACUUUAACAGUCUAUGAGAAUGGUGAAGCAUCUGCAAAACCACCAUUCGUUGGGAGGCAAACACUGAAUGCGUGCUCAACAAGGCCUACAUCUCCUCGUGUACAAGUUUAUGAUAAUGGUGAAGCAUCUACAAAACCACCACAUCUUGACUCCAAGUACCUAAUUCAGAUACUUUCUGUGCCAAAAAUGGAAGAGUGGUCUGAUAUUGAUGGACAGGAAUGGUUGUUUAGCAGCACUUGUGUGCAGUCAAAGAAACCCGAAGCGGGUUCUCCUCAGGUUGAAAGGACACGACAUGUGUGGGCAGAAGCUUUGCAGAUAGAGUCUGCUGAUGUUUAUGCUCUGCCCUAUGUCAUUCCAUUUUAAUAGAUAUUGGAUGGAUAUGACUUGGACUUCUAUUGUUCCAUGGUAGAUCUUAUUUCACGGGGCUGUCCGCGAAUGUGUAUAAUGGCAUCUGGGUCCUGGGGCUAUGAAUCUGCUUCUGCUUUCACUUUGGUAUUCCUUCCAUAUCGGUUCAUUGAGGACCGGUCUAAUGGAUUUGUGCUUGCUUAGGGAGCUGACUACAGACUUCUCUUUGGAAGAAACAUCAUCCAUGAGUACUCGGUAGAGAAAUAUGUCGAUUUAAAUUAACAAUGAGAAGAAAUAUAGGGUUACAAAGGCUUGUUCGCCAACUUUUUCUCCCCAUUUUUUUGCCUCCCAUGUUGACAUUCACAUUUGACAAAAGUGAUAUACAUAUAUGUUUUGAAAGAGAGAGUGCUACUAGGCCUGUAACCCGACUUGAAAUAAUCGUGUUUGUGCCC